AUGAAACGAGGGAGGAAGACGCGACAGCUGCGAUCGUCGGACAGAUCCGUGGACGUGCCUAACCAGGCUGCCGCGGAACUGCCAUCGUCUCCCCUCGCCGAGGUUGAUCAGUCUGGCCCUCGUCGCUGUCCCCCGCCCGUCCGUCAUCUCGAACCGCUUGCACAGGGACCCGAAGACAACAAUGGCGACGGGUUUCAUAAUGAUGUCGACCCGGAUGACGAACGAGCAAGUCCAGGCGAAGGUCCCGCGGCGCAGACGUCGUGUCUCGAUGAGAGCCCGCCGGCUGUCUGCGCCGCCGAUGAUCACUUUCAAUCGCGGACUCUGUGGCAGCGUUUGCAAGCCGCUGGCGUACGGUCGAGCGACGCUGUGACGUACAUCGGGGCCACUCUCGAGCUCUUUUAUGCCAACAUCUAUCCCAUCUUCCCCGUCCUGUACCGGCCAGACGCCGACCGAGCUCUUGACGCGAUGCGGUGGCAACCACAAGAGGGUGGCAUUUGGAGCGACAGAGCAUUUUCGCUGCUGGCAGCCGUGUGUGCCUACACGCUGGCAGUUCUCCCUCCAUCCGUUUCAGGCGCGAACUGGGCCAUCUCGGAAGCGUUCUUCCAAGCUUCAAAAUCAAGUCUGGACUCGUAUGCCGUGGCUGACAUCGAAAAGCCAAACAGCUCCUCGGUGUUCAUUCGCCAUCUACACGCGGCAUGGCAGUAUACAGCCGGCAGGUCCGAUGUGUCCUGGUAUAUCAUGGGAGAGGCCAUCCGGCUUGCUUUGUCCAUGAGAUUGUUCGACGAGCGAUCCUACGACGCGAUGGAGUAUAUCGAGGCUCAAAUGUGCCGUCGUGCAUUCUGGCUGCUGUAUUCGUCGGAUAAGUCGGCUGCUGUUUCGGGACGACGCGUGAUCGGCCUCAGUAGGACUCUGUUCCAACGUGUGAUCCCCCCGGCUUAUCCCGCAGAUCUCGGCGACCAGGACAGAGUUUCCAUGACCACGUCCGACGGUCUGGAGCAGGAAUUUGGACUUUCCAGUGGCUUCAAUGCGAAUCACGAUCUGUGGCGCGCCUCGGAAGAACUGCUUGCUCAUGAUGACGAAGCUGCCGGGAAUCCCAUGCCAGAAAGCCAUUUCGUCACACGUAUUGAUCAGAAUUUCAGGUGUCUGUCAGCUGCGUACUACAGAUUCCAGACGUGCUUGGAGGGUCUGCCGUUCGUCCUUGGUUUCCAUGACGCAUUCGACGCCACAGUCCAUAGCUUCAGGUUUCGCGCCGCGGAUGAAGUGCGAGCCGAGGUUCCUUUGGCCCUUCGCAUACAGCGGAGCAACCUGCAGAUCACGUAUCAAGCCCUGAAGAUGGUUUGUCUGCGAAAGUACCCUUCGCUAUUCCGGAGCCCCAGGCUUGACUGCUUGGACAUGCCUGCGGUGUCCAUCGCCUCCGCCUGCUCACCAGCGGGUUUGUACGCGGCGGACAUCCCGAGCAUGGUCAACGGCUCACCAUCGAGCCAUGUAGGGACUCUCGACUCGAACACGUCUGUGUCUCAUAGUGCGGCAACCGUGCCACAGCCCGAGGCACCUUUCCGACGCCAUGCCGUGAUAGAGGAGACCAUUCGAAUCACGAGAGACAUUCUCUUUGUCAUCCACACUUCCGGCUUGGAGGUGCUUCGGCUGAACGGCGAGGCUUGCGCGGAUAAAAUCCGCAUUGUUGGGGCAUCCAUCCUUGAGCUUCUGGCACACCAGCCCCUUGGGCUAGCUUCGACUCUAUCGAGGGACGCUACAAAGUAUGCGGAACUGUUCCCCCACAUUCUAGCCAUGCUGGACAGCAAGGCAGCUGACCAGGUGGGAAAAGAGCGCGGGUGA